AUGGAGACAACAUGGAGCGUGAAGAUGGUCUUGUUCUUUUCGUUACUGAUACUGCUCGCUGGCUGCGUGCAUGGCCAAAAUUUCACCAUAAUCAACGGCCAGAUUUUCACGCCUGGCCUGGCUAUCGUGGACUCUCCUCAGCCCGGGACGCCGGAAGGUGGUGAUUCGUUGCAAGUUGCCAUCGACAUUGCAGGAUCCGGCCGCCUGACAUUCCCGUAUCCUCGGGACUUUGACACCGGGAUCCUUAACAUCACGAUCUUCCUGUUCAGUUACGUCACGGGCUUGAACCUGACGAUAUCGAACGGCACGAGCGCGGGAUGGGUCAAUGCGAGUACAGCGGAGCCGGAGGAGUUCGAUUGCGGUAGGACGACGAAGCAAGGUUGGCAGAAUGCUGGGUGCGAGGAGAUCAUGGACCAGGAGCCCGGGAGCACGGUCAAGCACGUCAAUUGGGCGUGGCCGGACUGUUUGGUUGGGAAUGGCGAGGGUGAAGGCUUUCGAGGCGUGUACAAUAUCUCCAUCCAUGAGUCCUUCCGCGCGAACGAUACGGGUUUCUAUACGAUCUUCAACCUGCCGAUCGAUGUGAAGAAUAGUAUUCCGUCGAAGAGCAAGUUGAGUGGGAGUGGUGCAAGACCAUUGUGUGCGGUGCGAGGGAAUCCGAUCCAGAGCCAGAGAUUGCAGGACGAAAGCAUCAGUCCGCCGGCGAAUCAGCCUUUCUUGGGAGGCACCGUGAGCAGUGGAGGAAGUGGAAGCGGGAGCGGCAGCCAGAGUGGAACUGGGAAUGGGAGUGGUGGUCAGAGUGGUGAUACUAACACCGAUGGGAAGGACAAUGGAGCAGGAGAGAGAACGGUAGAUGGACGGUGGUUGAUAGCGGCUGUGGGAAUGGUCGGUUUUGUGGUAUUAAGGGUGAUAUGA